AUGGCCAUGGAACGUGUUACACGGAUCUACCGAUCCUGUCUGCUACAGAUCAUUCUAGUGGGACUGGUUGCCUUCUGUGAACCCGGUAUCUGGACGGCUCUCAACAAUCUCGGUGCAGGAGGGAAUGCAAAGCCCUUCCUGAACAAUGCUGCGAAUGCCCUGACCUACGGUCUUAUGUCAAUCGGUUGUUUCCUGGCUGGCGGUGUCACUAACAAAAUUACUGCAAAAUGGACGCUGUUCAUCGGUGCUGCAUUCUAUACCCCGUAUGCAGCUGGCCUCUACUGCAACAACCGAUACGGCAACGAGUGGUUCCUUUUGCUUGGGGCUGCUCUUUGUGGCAUUGGAGCGUCUCUACUCUGGGCAAGUGAAGCUGCGAUUGCAGUGGGGUAUCCAGAGGAAGAGAAGCGAGGACGAUACGUGGGGAUAUGGAUGGGAAUUCGGCAGAUGGGGCCAUUGGUCGGUGGUGCGAUAUCCCUCGCUUUGAACGUCGGUACCUCAGAGAAAGGCAAAGUCACCUACACCACGUACCUAGGGCUGGUGGCUAUUUCGGCGCUGGGAGCUCCAUUUGCGCUGCUGCUGUCACAGCCACAGGACGUCAUCAGAAGCAAUGGCACCAAGAUUCCUUACAUGAAGAAGACCAGCUUCGCGAUUGAAGCACGAGCUAUUUGGAAGCAGCUGUCUAACAAGUACAUGCUGCUCCUUAUUCCCGUCUUCCUGGCAGGACAGUUUGGUUCAACCUACCAAGGAAACUACUUGACAACAUACUUCACUGUGCGCUCUAGGGCCCUUGCAUCCUUCCUAACGGCUGUUGUAGGCGCAGCAGCCAACAUAAUCACAGGCCUGAUCCUGGACGUGAAAUCCAUAUCUCGCGAGAACAGAUCCAAGGGAGUCUACAUUUUCGUCUUAAUUUUCGUCACAGCAGCCUGGACAUGGAAUGCCAUUGUCGAGACCAAACUCUCGCGCAUGGCCGACCCACCAACCUUCGAUCUGGGCGACGGCCCCUUCUUCAACUCGGCUUUCACAGUCUACAUGAUCUUCAAGUUCUUCUAUGAGGUUCUGCAGACAUACAUCUACUGGUUGAUGGCGGAGAUCAAGGGCGCACAGGCUGAUGGAGAUAUUGCUCGCACUACUGGUAUUCUGCGGUCGUGGGAAUCAAUCGGUAGUACCAUUGCUUAUGCUGUGGGUGCUACGCAUUGGCCCAAUCUAAACCAAAUGAUACUGGGCUUUGCUUUGUGGGGUUUCACGAUCCCGUUCACUCUGCUUGCAGUCUUUGGCAACUGGAAUCAACCAGCUGCUGUGGAGGAGGAUCAAUCGGAUGACAACAGCUUGGAGGCGCAAAGGGUGAUUGUCGAUGCUGACAGCAAAUGA